UUCGGGGGUACUUUUUUUUUUUUUUGAGAUACGAAUAUAAAACGGAUCUUGGUUUACUAUCCAUAUCACAAGAGUGUACGCCAACAUUUGAAAUAGUCGCAAGCGCGAGGAACCUCCGGACAUUCGGCGAAACUUCGCCCUUUUUGUUCAAUAAUUGGAAUGGAACACGCGAGUUCGGUCCUGGCGAGAUACUUGUAAAGAAAAACAACAAGCAUCCGUUUGGUCUCUUUGCUCAUUUGAACGCGGCGUUCAAAUCGCCAGUGAUUCUUUCUCGACGAUAGCCAUGACACAGAGCCAAAACGCAUUGCCUGUCUUUGCCCUUCCCCCUGUAACUGCUCGACCCGUCAGAGCGGAAGCAAUCACGGCAAACGAGGACACAGUCUCCGAUGCCUCUUCGGUAGGAUCAUCAGAAUACGAAAGUUUACCGGCCUAUGAGGAUGCCAUAGGCAUCCAAAAGCUCUCGGCCUGUAAAGACCAUGAUCACAUUGUCCAGUUUUACGACACUGAAGAAUUUUUGUUCAAUGUCAUUGUCGGAUUCGUGGCGCCCGCUCUCAUAGCCCGUGAAGCCGCUGUCAUUAUUGCCACAAAAUCGCACCUGGAAGCCAUUGAACACAGAUUGCAGGCGAGGGGCUUGGAUUUGGAGGCUAGAAAGCGACGUGGUCAAUUGACACUGCUGGACGCUCAUGAAAUCCUAGGCGUCCUUGAACAACGCGAACAAAAGCAAAUCUCUGCAGCAAAGUUCGACGACUUUGUCGGGACAUUGGCCCGCCGUCUGUCUCGCCAAUUUCAUGGUCGCGUCUAUGUGUAUGGAGAGAUUGUAGAUAUUCUCGCCUCCCGCGGCGACUAUCAAUUGGCAGUGGAACUCGAGCAACUCUGGAACGGCUUGCAGAACCUCGUCUCGUUUACGCUGCUCUGCGGUUAUAAUCUUAACAAUUUCCGCGACCAGUCCCAUCGCGACGUCUUUCACAAGGUGUGCCAUACCCAUUCAAAAGUCACACCCUCGGAAGGCUACGCAGAUCUUCAUGAUAAACCCGACGACCAGGCCCUCAUGGUGGCCCAGCUCCAACAAAAGGCCAAAGCUCUCGAGAAUGAGAUUGAACGCCGCAAAGCCGCCGAAGCAGCCCUCCAUAAUUCCCUAAAGCUCCUCUCGGACCAUGCUCAAGAAGCCCUCUGUCGCGAACGGGACCAAUAUCGGACUCUCUUGUCCAUUCUCCCAGUAGGUGUUUAUGGCACGGCAUUUGGAGAUGAGGACGAUUACUUUAUCAAUAACCGCUUCUGCGAAAUUGUUGGACGAACGCGAACAGAGAUUCGCAUUAAUGGAUGGGUCGACGCUGUUCAUCCCGAGGACCGGAAGGAUCUCUCCACAUGGCCCUUUUCCCCCUGCGACACUUGCGCUGACAUUGAUACCGGGAACCACGAGUAUCGCUUUAUCCACGCGGAUGGAUCCAUUGUAUGGGUCGCAGGUCAAACGGCCGCCAACCGUGACGAAAGCGGGAACCUCCGCGGCUACGUUCAUACUAUUCUCGACAUUUCCGCUCUCAAAGUCCUCGAAAGGGAUCGCCUAGAGGCACGAAAUGCCGCUGAAAAGCACCAGCGCCAUCGCGCCGAAGAAGCCGAACGCUACAAAAAGGACCAAGAUCAAUGGAUCGACAGCUUAUGUCAUGAACUCCGUAACCCGCUCAACGGCAUCAGCGGCAACGUAGAGCUCCUUGAAAUGGGCCUUCAAGUGCGGCGCACCACGCUCGCCAAAAACCCGUUGGCCCUCGACGAUGUGCGCACUCUUCAACACCAGCUGGACCUCGAUCAAGACUCGAUCGACGCCAUCUCCAAAUGCGUCGCGCACCAAAAAAUCAUCACAGACGACGUCCUUAAUAUAUCCAAACUAGAACUCGGCAAACUGGUUCUCCGCGCUAUUCCCUUUGACCCAAAAACAACGCUUUCAGAUGUUGCAAAAAUGUUUGAAGCGCAAGCAACUCGACAAGGCCUCGACCUCCGUGUUAACCUCUCCAUCUCCUCUCUCCCCAUCACCGGCGACCCUCACCGUCUCUCGCAAAUCGUCAUCAAUCUCAUGGCCAACGCUAUAAAAUUCACCCAAAGAGGCAGCAUCACCCUCUCCCUCUUCCUCAUCUCCCGUACACCCACUUCCAUCACCUACCGCGUCACAGUCCAAGACACUGGCAUCGGCCUAACAGAACCGGAACUUGCCAUGUUGUUUCAACGGUUUGCUCAACCGACUAGUACCCACCCGGACACCUACGGCGGCUCAGGUCUUGGGCUGUACCUCUCCAAAGGCAUGGUGGAACUGAUGGGCGGAACCAUUUCCGUCUCGUCUACCAAACACGCUGGUAGUAGCUUUUCGUUUACAUUCUCUGGCCCGCCUGCUGAAUGCACACCACCUCCACCGCCACAACCCCUCCUGCAUACCCCUCGUUCGAUUCAAACAGUGUUGGUCGUAGAAGAUAACAUUCUUAACCAGAAAAUCAUGUACAGGUUCUUGGCGCCUUUUUACCGGGUCUUGCUUGCGUCGAAUGGAAUUGAAGCAUUAGAGGUUUAUAAGGAAGCCGAUUUGGUGUUUAUGGAUAUAGUCAUGCCUGGGAUGGGAGGAUUGGAAUGUACAAUGGAAAUUCGUCAACGUGAACGUGAACAAAAAGAUUGCAAAAGGGUUCCGAUUGUGGGGUUAAGUGGAAAUGCACGACAAGACCAAAUUUCGCGGGCGUUUGAGGUGGGUAUGAAUGAUUAUUUGACGAAACCGGUUUGUAAAAAAAGGGUUUUGGAGGUUGUUGACGGGUUUGAGGGUUUGUCGUAAUGGCUGAUGCAUUUACUGUAAUUUGCAUAUAGUUUUUUGAUUUCUUCUUGGUUUUUGAUUAUGAAUGAAAAAUGGCAGCAAAGGAUGUUCGAAGUGCUUUUUGAAUGUCCCUGGCUGGGGGACACCCUAAUGACCAACAUCCAAAACCCAAUGGAGCUAACAUUC